AUGUCUAACGAUCAGACCAACGUUCAGCAAGGCACCAACCCUGAUCGGGUCGGUCAGCAAAUCUCUCUUCAUCAGGCUGACGGUGAUACCAGCACUUGGGUCACUAUUAACGUUCAGAGCGGCGCACCCAUCACAGUGAACGCCUUCACCACGGCCCCUAUCACGAUGAAUACCUACGCCGGCACUGCUAUCAAAAUAAACGUCAUCGAUCCUCCUACUAGUGGCCAAGUUGUUAGUCUCCAGAACCGAGAAGCUUCGGACAAUACGUCUGGGGAGGUUGAGGAAACAGACAAUCUAUUCGAUCACACAUUCCAGCACGUCCAUUGGACUCCAUCAGGCUAUAUCGAUGACAAAUUAUCGGCGGUCGAAUAUGAAACAGCCGUUGAGUCACAACCUGUUGUCGAGAGCGACAACUCUGCUGACGCUGGGCCUUGCACACCAACCAGCGAUGAUGCUAAGGUGUCUGAUUCUGACGAAGGAGAAGAUGAGGAUGACAAUCGCUCUUCAACCGCAGAAAUCGGCGAGUCUACUGAGGGCAAUAUCUCAGCCUAUGGAAACCCUUUCCGUUUGGUUCCUCAUCUGCGCCCCAUUAGCAGAUACCCACCCCUCCCCAUCUCUACUGCUUUUAUCAACGGCGCUAUACACAAGUCGACACAGCGAAAGCCCGGUUUCCAAAGCAUCUACCUCCGCGAGGAAAGUAUUCCGUCAAUUGGCUCCCGUCCUGCCUACACCUGGCAUUCGCCCGACGCCUUCGGUCGAAUCUAUGUCCCAGAUUGGCAAUAUGUCCUGGUCUGCAUCGAAGAACAUCUUCUCGUAACACUGUCUGGUAUCGGAACAACGACCAGAGACUCUCAUCGGGACGAGUUUCUGAAGGUCAUUAUCGACAAUUCUAUCGAUGUUCAGCUGGACUUUACCCUGCUCGAGUCUGCUGGCUAUCGAGUGCUUGCUUGGGCUAAGAAGCCUUCGCCGCGCGAUGACAUGUACUGGUUUGACAUCCAAGGACGAGUUGUUCAGAAUACUCCAGCUUGUGGCCACAACCACGCUGCUUUGAUUUGUGGCUAA